GUACGGUCGCGAAUUAGGAACAUUCCCAAGCUGAUUAAAUACUCAAUAAACGUUAAGUUUUUGUGCUGUUAAUUUGUGAAUGAAGUGCUUGUACUUAACGGUGACAUUGCAAGGCAUUGCGGCUAACGGAGUGCUACGGUCAACUUGAGAGACCACUCGGCGAUGUUAGAUGACUGAGAUCCAAAGGCACAGAGGACAACACAACUGACGACUAAAUCAGCAAGGAUGCCUCGCCUCGAACAGGCACCGCCGGAAGAUUUUCGCCGCGUGUUGCGCGAAAAAGCCUUGAACCACAGUUUGUAUUAUUUGAAAUUGGGGGCAGGGGUGUCUCCGGAUGAUGCGCGGGAGGCGUCACAGCCGCCUUCGCAGCGCCGGAGUAGCGCCAGUGCGGCCGUGCGCGCGCCGCCGAUCGCGCGUAUCGCCCGUCACGUGCAGCCGCGCGUUAACGAGCUCCUGCGCCGAUUCGAACCCGCACAAAUGCAGUAUCUUCGGCCGCCACGUCCUUCUUCCCCAGAAGACAUCACAUCUUCAGACGACGACGACAGAGCUGCAGUGAGGAGACGCAGCCGUGACUUAAGCGACGACUCUGCCAUUGAGCUGGAACCGCGGCGCAGGCAUUCGCACCCUCGCGAAAUCACACCGCCUCCAGAUACAAUGUCGCCGAGGAGGGAGAGGACGUUAAUUGAGGCUCACGUGGUUGAUUUGGGGCGACGAGGCAGCGAGGGGUGCGAGACCAGGAGUCGAUGUGUAAGGACUCCAAGUGUUGUAGUCAGCGACUACUCGGACGGGGUGGCGGUUGGCGCUACUGAAGAGGAGGUGAACUGGCUGAGGUCGAGGUCACUGUCUGCAGACUCGGCGUGCUCUUCAUGCUCCACUCUCUCCAGCAGAGACGACGAGGAAUUCGAGUCUCCAACCUUGCCUAAGAAGAUGGUUAACGCUGAUUGAGGGUGACUCCUGAGCGACCUGCGCUGGCGUUGACGGCUGCUGGACCACUGUUGAAGAUACCUCGACUUCAACUAACGGCGUUUGCUUCAAAAUCCUUGUAAAUUCAACAAACUAUAUCCGAACUUGUAAAUUCUUAAUUUAAAAAGAUACUGUAUUAUUUUUGUUCGCUUUUUGAAUUUUCUCUCGCAAUCCAUAUUGCUUACGAAAACAAAUAACGUUCUUAUAACCUUUUGACCGCCACUGACAAAAACUAAUUUCGUUCCGUAUGCCACACCAAGCCUAUAUGACAUGUAUGAAUGUCCACCUUCAUCCAUAAAUUCUCCUAAGUCAUAGAAGAACAUAACUGUGCAUAAAAUGCAACUAUGAAUCCAUACUCUGGAAUAUACAAAUAACACAAUUAAAAUCUUAAUAUAUAUUUAUUAAUUUCAUUGAUUGACGCUUUAAGGUGUCAUGCGCUUAACAGCCAAGUUUAUGUAAGAAGCUUUAAGGCGUCCACGGCGGUCAAAGGGAUAAUAAUCGUGUCGACGUUACUUUUAUUUUAGGACUUUGAAUAGUAUGUUGCCACCUUGAUUGCACUAUCUGUGGCCACAUAAAGAUGAUCCCUCGUGCAGGAAAGCUGCCAGGACAAAACACGUUAAAAAUGAUUUAUAACGAAACACGAUAGUUAUAUUUUACCUCCAAUAAGUUGACAUAUCUUCAACAGUCAUGAAUGACUCUUCUAGGAUUUUUAUGUGUAAUUCGGAAUGAGCUUACCAUAGUGGUUGUAUAACUCUGUAACGAAACUUUCUUUGUUGUUAAGAUGAAGUAUUUGUCCAUUCCUAUUAGACCCAAUAAUAUAUGUAUAAUAAAUGUACGAUUAUACUGUAGGAUGAUACUAUAUAUAGACUUAUGAAUAAUAAAAAACUUAAUGACUCUUUCUAUAAUUCUCAUGAUCAAUGCGAGCGAAAAAAGA